UCGGCCUGCUUCUGCUUUCUCCCUUCCCCGUCGCCCAGUUCCGUCUCGAUCGUCCAGAGCACCCCACCCACCCACCGUGAGCCGGGGAGCUCCAGGGAGCAGCGCACGGGCAAGCGAUGCCGCCGUGACCGCCGGAGGGAGCACGGAGCCCCGAGGUUGUGAAGCUUGGUGGGCUAUGGGAUGGAUGAAGCUGAGCAGGACCAGUACGAAGCCCAUCUCAAAGAGCUCUUUGACAGCUUUGAUGUCACCGGCACUGGCUGUCUGGGGCAGGACGAACUGACUGAACUUUGCCACGUGUUACACCUUGAAGAAGUAGCUCCAGGAGCAUUGCAGGAGACCCUUCUGCAGGACGGUCUCCCUAGGCAGGUCCACUUUGAUCAGUUUAAAGAUGCACUAAUCCUCAUCUUGUCUAGCACAUUAACCAAUGAAGAGUCCUUUCAGCAACCAGAUUCUUCACCUGAAGCCCAGCCCAAAUACAUCAAGGAUGGAAAGCGCUAUGGGAGGCGAUCCUUACCAGAGUUUCAGCAAUCUGUGGAGGAAUUUGCAGAGGUGACCGUGAUUGAGCCUUUGAACAAGGAUGCCCUCUCCUCCCGCCUCUCCAACAAUGACUGUGAUGAGCAUUGGCAAUCACAGGACAGUGAAGAAUAUGAAGCUGAAGGCCAGUUGAGGUUCUGGAAUCCUGAUGACUUGAAUACAUCUCCAAAUAUCUUCCCCUCUCAGGAUUGGAUAGAAGAGAAGUUACAUGAGGUUUGCAAGGAUCUUGGAAUUUCCCGAGAUGGUCACUUGAACAGAAAGAAGCUUGUCUCCAUUUGUGAGCAGUUUGGUUUGCAGAAUAUUGAUACUCAGAUGCUGGAGGAAGUAUUUCGCAACCUUGACCACAACAAUGGUACAAUGAGUAUAGAAGACUUUUUCUAUGGGCUCUUUAAAAUAGGGAAGCCUCUCCCACCUUCUGCUUCUACUCCAUACAGGCAGUUGAAACGUCAUCUUUCUAUGCAAGCCUUUGAUGAAAGUGGGAGACGUACCACCCCUCCCUCAGCAAUGACAAGUACAAUCAGCUUCCGUGUCUUUUCCAGCCUGGAUGAUGGGAUGGGCUACGCUGAAGUGGAACAAAUUCUUGAUACUUGGCAAGAACAAGGCAUAGAGAAUAGCCAGGAGAUCCUGAAGGCCUUAGAUUUCAGUUUGGAUGGAAAAAUUAACCUGGCUGAACUGACUUUUGCCCUGGAAAAUGAGCUUCUCAUAGCAAAGAAUGGGAUAUACCAAGCAGCACUAGCUGCUUUUAAAAUGGAGAUUCGGCAUUUGAUAGAACGGGCUGAUCUGGUUCUAAGGGAAAAGGACAAACUACGUCUGGAUUUGGAGAAAGUGGAGAAAAGAGCAUCACUAAUGGCCACCGAAGUGGAUGACCAUCAUGCCGCCAUUGAACGCCAAAAUGAAUACAAUCUAAGCAAGCUGGAUGAGGAGUACAAAGAUCGUGUUGCAGCUCUCAAAACAGAGUUUCAGAAAGACUGCGAGCGGAUACAGCAGCAGGCCAGCAAGCAACAAGCAGAAUUGGAGCAGGAGAUAGAGAAGAUGAAAACCGAAGAGAAUUAUCUCCAGGACCGCCUUGCUCUGACACUGAAGGAAAACAGUCGCUUGGAGCAUGAGCUCCUGGAAACUGGGGAGAAGUUGGUGAAGUAUGAAAGCAUGAUGAGCAAAUUGCAGAAUAAUUGGGAAAACGUCUUAGCAGACAAGUUUGGAGACCUAGAUCCUGGCAGCGUGGAAUUCUUCCUUCAGGAGGAGCGGCUGAGUCAGAUGAAGAAGAAAUACGAACAGCAGUGCAGGGAACUUCAAGAUCACAUAGAUGAGCUUCAGUCUCAGCUGGAAGAGUAUCAGAUACAAGGCAGAAUUAUCCGGCCUUCACUGCAAAACUCUCUCUAUGACGAACUAAAUGAUGGUGGAAUGCAAGGUAGUCAAGAGCUUGCUUCUGAAGACUGCAGCCGUCUAAACAUGAGCAUAGAAGCUGAAAUAAUUAUUGAACAACUAAAGGAUCAGCUGCACCAGGAUAUCUACAACUUGCAGCAGGAGCUUGAAAACACAGUGUGCCAUUAUGAAAAGCAGCUUGAGGAGACCAAGGCCAACUAUGAGGAGGGACAAGAGAACCUCCAAGAGAAGUACUGUCAGGAGAGACAAGUGUUAGAAGAACAAAUUGGGUGUCUGCAAAUCCAGAUUUCUGAGCUUCAGGGACAAUUGGAAAGCUUGAGGCAGGCCAACUCCCAGCAGAAUGUCGAAGGGAACAGUCUUCAGAUAUGCAUGGAUGAGAAGGCUAGCCUUAUAGAAUGCCUGAAGAUCGAUCAUGAGCGGGAGCUCCAAGCCAAACUGAAAGAGGCAGAAGAAAACUUUAGUCAUGAAAAGGAAGACUUGAUUCAGUCUAAAGCCUGGUUGGAAGAAAGAAUGAGAACUUUAGCACAGGCCACCCAAGAAGAAAAAAUUGAGCUAGAAAAUGGGUUCCACGAGAAGUUGCAAAGAUUGAUGGAGAAGCACACCCUGGAAAUGGAGCAGCUACAGCAAGAGCUACUAAGAGAGCAUCAGCGAGAGCUCCAGGAACAAAAGAUAAAAAUGGAAAAUGAGUAUAAUGGAAGAAUAUUUCAGAAAGAGGAAUGGUUCACCGCUGAACAACAAACACUUGCAAGAAAGUAUGAGGAAACCAUAGACAAACUUGACGAGCAGCAUCAACAAGAAUUGCUUAAGCUCUCCAGGCUGCAGCUAGAUGAGAAAUCCCAAUGGGAAUCUGAAAAAAAUGAAAUUCUCCAGAAAGGCAUUGAGGUCCAAGCAAAAUGGAAAGAAAAGCUGGAGAAAGAGAAAGCAACCUCUUCAUUACUGGAACAAGACAAGAAACGUCUAGAGACAAAUUACAAGGAGCAUGUGAACUUGUUGAUCUUGGAGAACAAGCAACUUCAACAAGAGGUUCAGGACCUGAAAAAGCAAGAAAAUGAAUUGUGUGAGAAACUUCUGAAGAUUCAAUCCAGCCAUGAGAUGGAGCUAAGGAAAAGAGAAGAAAUGCCAACAUUAGAGGAAGAACAAAGGCAACUUAGCAAACAGCUUGGAAGACUAGAAACAGAAUUUGCACAUCAACAAGAAGAACAGAAUUCUAAGACUUUGGAUUAUUUGAAGCAAGAGAUGCCCAGCAGAGCAACAGAAGAAAAAAAUGAAUUGAGGUCAAAAAACUCAAUGCUUGGAAAUAAAACAGAAGAUCUACAACAGGAAUUGCAAUGUCAGUCCAAACUGCAAAGCAAUCUUGUUUCUUUAAACAAGGAUGAAGAAGCAAAAGGAAGUGAUUUUCUAGAAUCUGUCCAACACCAGGACUCUGGAAAGGAGAUAAAUGUUCUUUCAAAACAAGAAAUAGUUCAAGAUCCAGGAGAAGAAAAUAGUGUAGGAACUACCUCUCUGAUGGAUGACUCUUUGAAAGAACCAGAAAGAGAACCAACCCAAUACCCUGGAUUCAUCCCAUUAGUUCCGGAAACAUUGGUCGGUGCUCAGCUCAAAAGUGUGACUGACAAAGACAGUCAAGUUGUAACAGAAGAUGGGAUGAUAAAAUUAGACAAGAUUGCAAUUCCAAACAUGAAAAAUGGAGGGACAACAGUUGAAGAAACCAUGGAGACUUCACGUGUCUUGCAGAAGGCCUAUGAAGAAAUUCUGGCAGAGAAUGAAGCCCUUAAGCUGAGACAGAAUCAGCUUCUGGAGAGGAUCGUUCUGCUGGAAACUGAAUGCAAUCAAGCAGCUCAUGCUCGACAAGACAUGGCUUCACAGGUUCAGAAGGAACUUGAGGAGAUCCUUAAAACUAUCCCCCAGCCACAUGUGUUGCCAUGUGGAAGUCAUGAGAAGGAGGGAAGUUUGAAUUGGGAAAAAUUACCUACUGGCAAUACAACAAAAAACCAAAUGCUCUUUCCUGAAGCUUUGGAUACUGAUUUAAGUGUUGAGGAAAUGAGUGCCUAUUCUCUUUUAUUUGAGGCAGAUCAUGGAGGAGAAGUUAGAACUGGCAAGGGAGACCUCCAUGAUGUAGUAUCAGAAUUCUGGGGUGUGGAUAUGGUGGAAGACGCAGACUCCAGAAUAGGAUCUAAAAUUUUCCAAUUCCCAGAAGAACUCAAACUGGAAAACCAGGCCCUAAAAACAGAGAUAAUUAAAUUGCUAGAACGUAACAAUAAAUUGGAGGGAUACAUGCCAAUAUUUAUAAGCCUACAAUCCAGGCUAGAUGAAACCAACCAAGACUGCUUCACACUUAAGGAGGAGAAAGAGCAACUGCUGCAGAAAGUGAAAGACCUGGAAAAGAAACAGGACCAGUUGGUGAUGGUAAACACCAACCUGCAGACUUCCAAGCUGAUUUUGCAAAGCCAGCUCGGCAAACUAGAUGAGCUCAUGCUGGCUCUGCAGCCCCAGAAGAGUGGACGGCUGGGCCGUUGUGAUAAUGUCACCAAAGAUGCAGAAGUGGACAGGAAAGGGCUCCAUGAGCUGAACAGAAAGCUCAAAGAGAAAAUAGCAGUGCUCUUGAAGCAAAAAGGCGCCCAUACACAGGAGAAAGAGAGUCUGAAUGCUGUCCUUCACAAUUUGCAGAGCACCUACAAUGAGCAGCUUCAGAAGAUUGAGUUUUUGAGGCAAAAAACAGAGACCGUACUGAAGGAGAAAAUGGCCCUGCAGAAGAUAGCUGAAAGCUUGAAGAAGCAGGUAUCUGAACUGAAAGCCAGGAAUCAGCAAUUAGAAUUGGAAAAUGCUGAACUUGGCCAUCGAAACUCUCCAAAUCGAGCAGAUGUACAAGAUUCUAACCAACAGUUUAUGAAAACAUUUCGGCAAAAGGAAAAUGAGGCUAGGAAAUAUAUGUCAGAAGAAUGGGAAAGAGAGAAUUCCCAGCUCAAAGAAGAAUUGGAGAACUCUAUAAUUCAGUCCUCAUCACUGGUCUCAUCCCUGGAAACAGAGCUAGCUCAGCUCAGAAUUCAGGUUCGUGGUCUGGAGCAGGAGAACCAUUUCCUCAAAGAAGAACUGGAGAAUGUAAAACAGCUACCCAGUUGCCUGGAUCUCUCUGAACUGGAGAAUGAGAUUUCCAGUGUCAUCAUAAAAAAUGAGAAGCUACUGAAAGAGAAAGAAGCCCUCAGUGAAGAGCUGAACCGGUACAUAGAGAAGGCAACUAAAGUGGCUUUCCUAGAGAGCCUCACUGCUUCCUUGAGGGAGGAGAACUCAUCUUUGGAGCACCAGAAUCAGCAUCUGAAAGCACAAAUGGCAGUAUCACAAGACAAGAUCCAGAAUUUCGAUGAUAUUAUGCAAAAUGUUAGCCUUCAGGUAUCCAGGCUCAAAUCAGACCUGAGGGUCACCCAGCAGGAAAAAGAGAAUCUAAAACAGGAAGUGACAUCAUUGAAUAAGCAACUGCAAAUGGCCAACGAGAAGAGUCGGUUCCUGGAAGCAGCUGUGCAUUCAUCGGGGAUACAGAACCAGCAGAAGAAGGUUUGUUGGGGUGAACUGGAGCUCAUCAAGCAGGAGCAGCAGCUUCUGAGGCAGGAGAAUGAGCAGCGGCAGAGGGAAUUCCAGGGUGCCAAAUCAGAGCUAUCUCAUUCUAGGGAAAAGCUGCUUCACUCAAACUCCAGCAUGAUGCUUAGCCCACCCCAGCACCCUCGAGAACUUCAGGAGAUCCAGCAACAAGGAUGUCCUGUUGUCCCAUCUGAACAAUACCAGCAGCUCCAGCACCAGUUCCUUCAGGCAGAGAGGAGGUGUCAACGCCUGCAGGAGGAGCUUGAGAAUCGGCCCUUGGAAACAAACAUGCCCCAGGGUGGAUAUGAGCAGCUACUACAGACUAUGGAGAAACGCAUGAUGGAUGUUGAGCAACAAUUGAGGCUUGUGAAACAGCUUCUCCAAGAUAAAGUCAAUCAGCUGAAAGAACAGCUUGUAAGAAACACAAAAGCUGAUGAAAUGGUGAAGGAUCUCUAUGUUGAGAAUGCUCAACUGCUAAAAGCUCUGGAGAUGACAGAACGGAGGCAAAAGAUGGAGGAGAAGAAGAACUAUCUGCUAGAAGAAAAAAUAGCCAACCUUGGCAGAAUAAUCAAGAAUCUGACCUCCAAUGUAGGAUCAUCAGCUCAACUAGGAUCUAAGUGCCUUUCUCCCCUUGCAUUUAACUAUAGUACAAACAUGUCUUGACUCUUGACCAUUUAUUUUCUGCUGUAUUGCAAGGUAUUUACCCUCUAAUCCCCAGCCUAUGUGUAAAACUUCUUAUGUCAUACUUACCUGUACCAGUGUUAAAAUAGUAUUUCCCUGCUUAUUUUGACUUUAGGUGCAGCUCAACACAUGUACAAUCUGUUAGACCUACUGUAUUACCUAUUACUUUAGGGGAAAGUCAGAUGACCAACAUGACUUGAAGCAAAGGCAAUGGAGAGUGGAUAAAGAUGGGCAAUUGGAUAGCAAAUGUCAUGCUGGCAUAGUCCCCAAAAGGUGUGGAUAUUAGCACUUCAGGGGUGAGGAAAGACCCUAACCUAACUACCUAUUUAUACAGAAUUGUGCACUUUAUUGAAAUGUAAACAUUUCAUCUAUUUUAAUGCUGCAUUUUGAUAAUUGCAACUCUGGGGCUGUGCUCAAAAGAAAUCUCACCACUACUCUCAAAAACACAAAAUUAAUCUGUGUGUGGAAACACACUAAGCACAAAUCCCAAACAAAGUGCCUUACUUUAUUUAUUUUUUUCGGUUUGCAUGUUAGUUUGCAAUGGUGUGAGGGGCACCACGGUCUAAGAGAUUUCAUCUAUCAUCCACUCACCAUACUACUGAUUCACUUUCCACGAGCCUUCUAUCCAUUGCCCAAAGCAGAAUGUGAAUGGCAGGCAUUCCCUGAACCUUCCACCCUCUGCUGAAGUUUUAGAGGUAGUAUUACUAUAACCACAUUUUGAAGGAAAUUUGGAAAAGGGUAUGUCCUCUGAGUUUUCCCAGUUCCAUUCAAAGGAACAAUGGUAUCACAAACAUCACCUUUUUGCCCGUCUCUAGGAUACCUAGACUAGGAACUCUAUGCCCUUUCAAUUGACAAACACUAGUAAAGAAAGGUUAAGAAAGUAGAUGGACAAGAAAAAUCAAAGGUACACCAGAAGAAGCAGCUUGACUCUUAAGUGAAAUCACAGCUAGAUCUCUUCACCCUCAAACGGUCCCACCCUUAAGAAAAUCAUCUUAAUGAGUAAGGCAGAAAAAGGAUAAUUGUACAGGCAAUCCUCAACUUACAACCAUUCAUUUUAACAAUUGUUUGAAGUUACA